AGAAAAUAGUCCGAUAUUACAGUAUAAGUAGCCACCGAAUAAUAAAAACCACCAAGCAUGGAACUCUGCUCUACCUCCUUAACUGGGGAACAAAUCAAAAACAGAAUUUACAAUGGAAGGAUGCACUUGUUACGAAAAUGUAAUUCUAGGAUCAGGUCAAAUCAGCAGCUGCUUAUAGAAUGCCGGCGGUAUCCGUUCAUUAACCAAGUUCUAGAACUAUCUAAACUUGCUGUGCCAUUAACAGAUGAAGAAAAGACAGACGCAAUUGAUGCAAUUCUUGCGUCCGGCGUGUAUGAACGGGUCAAAGAGGAGGAGCAACCGCAAGCGACAAGCUUCAGUUAUAUUGACCAGUUGGUGAUUGAACUAUUGAAAUGGUUUAAGGAGGAGUUUUUUGUGUGGGUGAAUAAGCUUGGAUGUUCACAUUGUGGAAAUGAAGACCAGAAUCAGAUAAGACAUAUGGCCGGCUGUCGACCUUACAAAGAAGAGCAUUACAGAGGAAAAGCAUCGGUCAUCGAACGAUAUCAAUGCUUGAAGUGCCAGAAAAUUUACGAGUUCCCCAGAUACAACGACAUCAGAACACUAUUAUUGACUCGGAAAGGAAGAUGCGGUGAGUGGAACAAUUGCUUUAUAGCAAUCUUACGGUCACUCGACAUUGAUGUGCGGUAUAUCUGGAAUGCGGAAGACCACGUCUGGUGUGAGUACUACAGCGAGAAACAGAAACGCUGGAUCCAUUUGGACGCAUGCGAAAAUGCGUACGACCAACCAUUGCUAUAUAAUACUGGAUGGGGGAAGAAAAUGUCGUACGUGUUUGCUGUCAAAGAAAGUUACAUCGUCGAUGUUACGGACAGAUAUCUCGAUCCCAAAAAGCCUGAAGCAAAAUUGCCCAAAAAUAAGGCGCCUGAGCAAUAUCUUCAGGCCAUGCUAACAUUGUCAAAUUCAAUAAAACUAACCUCCGCUUCUAGAGAAAUUGCUCUAACGGACACAUCCCGGCUGAUAGGAGACUUUCGGAAUACUGCUGGUGGUUAUAAGGAGAUGGCAACUGACUCUACUACUAAAUCCAUGAAGCCCCGCCAGAGUGGCGGUGCGACCUGGACUAAGCAACGUGGCGAAGCAGGCAAGAAGUAGAAAGCGACGCGUCGACAUUUUUUCACAUUUGCCUCAUUUUCUAUUUUUCAUCUUUUUUUAUCUAUUUUUUUUUGCAUGUCUAAAUAAAAAUAAUUUUUCAAAUCAUGAUAAAAUUGAUCAGGC